AUGGCGCUCAAAAGAAAGCCAACUUUCCUCCUCCUCUCCGAAUCGCGCAUCUUUCCAGCCGAGAUGGGUCCCCGCAUGCUUGGGGCCUUUUGCGCCCAGAUGGAUGAUCCAGUAGCAUGCUGGAAGCCGAACGACGUUUCCAAGGUCCUGUCGGUCAAGUUUCCCGAGGCCGACACACCCCACCAGCCACUCCAAGUCGUCAUGGGGUCAGCUCAACAUAUACUAGAUCAAAUGAAGUCGGUCUCAACCAAAGCAGUCCUCGAGGGUGUCUUGAAAGUGGCCUGGGAAAACGGUUACCCUGGCACGACCUUCCAAUUGGAGUCCCAGCAGAUUCGGACAGUUCGACUCCCGCAACAGGGCGACAUUUUCAAGGUCAUCGUAGAGGACGACGAGGUCAAACAGUUCCGAUUGGAGAAAGAUGACGACCCGUAUUUCAUGAUCACCGGUUACAAGUCGUGUCUGAACGCCAUCGUGGAGCAAACUUCCGGCCAAAAGCCAGGCUUCGAAGUCGAUGUCACUGUCCCGACCGAGCAGGUCCUGACAGCGGCCGGUGUGGCGGUACCUCCUGGCGUCCUUCCGCGGAUCGGCGCCUCGGCAUCAUGGAAUACGUCGUGGGCGGCGCUGAGCAGGUACACGCUUCAGGGCGAGUACAUCUACGCCGUCGAGUACCGCGAGAUAUUAAAACGCAGCUGGAUCUCAAGAAUCCUUAACCGGCGGAAGACGGAGAGGGACAAAAGAAAGGUAUUCGCGGCGAGCUCGCUUGCCCAGCCGUCGGACAGAGCCACGUUUGGUGGUGGCCGCGAAGAUGAUGAUUCGGACGGCACGGAAAGCGACUCGGAAGACGAGCUUCUAGACGUUGCCGAAUACUUGGAGCGGUCCUGGACGAUGGAGGAGGGCGACGAUCCUUCCAUCUUGGGCAUGGAAGUUAACGAGGACGGGGAACCCUCGAGGCAUUUCGUAUGA